UGGAGGACGAGUGGAGGCUGGGGAGGGUCGUCUGUCAGUUCUGGCUCAUCAUGGAUUAUGUAGCCAGCACAGCCUCCAUCUUUAGUCUGUUUAUACUAUGUCUGGAUCGGUAUCGGUCCGUUCACGAGCCGCUGAGGUACCUGAAGUACCGGACCAGAGGGAGRGCUAGCRUUAUGAUCUCAGGGGCCUGGCUAAUGUCCAUGACAUGGAUUAUUCCUAUACUAGGGUGGAGGUCUUUCGCUCAGGUCGACCUCAAACCAGAGAUGGAGAAUAAGUGUGACACUGAUUUCCGGUUUGUUACGUGGUUUAAGGUUUUAACUUCAGUGUUUAACUUCUACCUUCCGUCUCUGUUGAUGCUGUGGUUCUAUUCACGCAUCUACAUGGCUGUGAGACAGAACUUCAGAGAGAGRGAGAGGAUUAUCAAUCCCACAGAUUCCGUGGUGGAAAACAGGAUCGGACACAAAGUCCAAACAGGAAAUAGCCCCUGCGAGUCUAAGAAAGAAAGAAACUCAGACUUUGAUCAGUACACGUUAGAUCAGCCGUACGACUCCACAGAUACAGUGGAAACCAACGUACCCAGGGAACCCAAGUCUGGGAAAGAAUCUGAUUCCAGUCAUUCAGUGCUCAGAAUGACAAAACGUCUGAGGACGACAGGAAAGGACAAAAGAAAGAGCGGCUCUUCGUCUUUCCAGCAGAAGAAUUCGGACUCGGAGACCCCUUUGAACCUGUCCUCUUUACCUCUUGGCUUCACAACCCCUUUGAACCUGUCCUCUUUACCUCUUGGCUUCACAAACUACGACGACGACGACAACGUGCAGAAACUCUACGUAUCCGUGAACGACUGCAAGGUAGCCGUGCCGCCAAACUCCGUGGCUGGCGUCUGCGAGAUAACCCAGAUAUCUGACAUGCAGAGAUACACCACCAUGUUCUACAAGAACGAGUUCACCCAGUCUGUGAAUUUAUCCCCGUCACCAUGUCCCCAUAAUUCACCCCAGUCACCCCCGCCCCAGGAGGACUCAGAGCCUGAUGAUGGUACUAACACGGACGCUGCAGCCAACGCUUUGACUCUAAAACAGACCUGGCAGAAGUUCUGUGCCCAGUCCAGGCAGCGUAUCCAGAGCCUUCAGGUCCAUAAGGAGCACAAAGCGGCCAAGCAGCUGGGCUGUAUUAUAGCUGGGUUCAUGAUGUGCUGGAUCCCYUACUUCAUCGUCUUUAUGGUCAUGGCUUUCUGCCARACCUGUGUACAUCACAACCUACACAUGUUCACGAUAUGGCUYGGGUAUAUAAACUCUACCUUGAACCCGUUCAUAUACCCACUCUGCAAUGAGAAUUUCAAACGGGUGUUUAAAACUAUCCUACACAUUAAUUUGUGAUGAAAAGUAUUAUGAACAGUGCAUUGAGUGGCAUUUCAGUGUAUUUUCUUGUGAUGCUUUACCUUGUAAUAUGUGUGCUUGAAUGUUUUGAGUGACCUCAAUUUGGUACCUUAAAUUUGUAUAAUUUUGUAAAUAUAAUGCUUAUUUAUUGUCCGCCUAAAUAUUUUCGUACACUAUCAGACCCAGACCAUAACAUCAUCGUUCCUACUCUGUGAAAAGACAGAAAGCAGCUGUCUUUAUUUAUUAUUUAUUCGAAUAACUCUGCUGAAGAAGAAUAACUCUGCUGAGAAGAAUAACUUAACUAUGUAGAAGAAGAAUAACUCUGUAGAAGGAGAAUAACUCUGCAGAAGGAGAAUAACUCUGCAGAACGAGAAUAACUCUGCAGAAGGAGAAUAACUCGGCAGAAAGAGAAUGACUCUGCAGAAGGAGAAUAACUCUGUAAAGAAGGAGGAAUAACUCUGUAGAAGAGAAUAACUCUAUAGAAGGAGAAUAAC